UGGGAGGGAGGCUGCCCCAGGCGUCGCCAAGUGAGGUGACGCGGGCAGGGGGCGGCGGGGAACACGUGGACACCCGGGUCAGCGGGGUGGUGGCGGGGAAAGUGGACGUGGUGGCACCUUGACCGGGGCCAAGGGGCACGAGACCAGGUCAGGCGUCGGAGCGCAGGGCGGGGGGGAAUAGGAGUGGGGGCCGGUUGGCUGAGGGCGUCGGGGCGAGGACAGAAAAGAGGGGCAGCAGGCGGGGCCGGGACAAGAGUCGGUGCUGGUGUCCCCAAGAUGCCCCAGGACCUGGGCGCGCCCGCCUCGCCCCGGGCAGCUGCUCACGCCUCGGGCGCGGGCUCGACGGGGCGCACGUCCUGCCCGCCGCCCCAGCUCGCCGUCUCGGGAUCCCCGCGGUCCUCGGGGUCCCCUCGGUCGGGCGCCAACUGCGCCCCCUUCCCGCAGAAGCUGGCCGAGGCGCUGAGCAGCCAGUACGGGCUGAACGUGUUCAUGGCGGGGCUGCUGCUGCUGCUGGCCUGGGCCGUGCACGCGUCGGGCGUGGGCAAGAGCGACCUGCUGAGCUUCCUCACGGCGCUGAUGCUGCUGCAGCUGCUCUGGAUGCUGUGGUACGUGGGCCGCAGCUACGUCCAGCGCCGCCUCAUCCGCCCCAAGGACACGCACGCGGGUGCGGGCUGGCUGCGCGGCAGCAUCACACUGUUUGCAGUCAUUACCGUUGUCCUGGGAGGCCUUAAAAUUGGAUACUUCGUCGGAUUUUCAAAAUGUUUGUCAGCCACUGAAGGAGUCUUCCCCGUCACACACUCAGCGCACACCGUGCUGCAGGUGUAUUUUCUUUGGGGGCAUGCAAAGGAUAUUAUCCAGUCCUUCAAAACACUGGAAAGGUUUGGGGUGAUCCACUCCGUGUUCACCAACCUGCUCCUGUGGGCCAACGGGGUCCUCAAUGAGUCAAAACAUCAGCUUAACCAGCACAAGGAGCGACUGGUCACACUGGGCUUUGGGAACAUAACAAUAGCUUUGGAUGACCACACCCCACAGUGCAACUGCAGCCCCCCACCUCUCUGCUCGGCCAUCUCUCACGGCAUCUACUACCUGUACCCCUUCAACAUAGAGUAUCAGAUCCUGGCCUCCACCAUGCUGUAUGUCCUGUGGAAAAACAUCGGGCGCAAAGUCGACAGCCAUCAGCGUCCGAAGAUGCAGUUCACGUCCGAUGGGGUCAUGGCGGGAGCGGCCCUGGGCCUGACUGCGCUGGCCGCCACCCUUGGGGUGGUGGUGGUGUACCUGAUCCGCAUUGGGCGCUCCAAGAGCAAGAGUGAGUCAGCCCUCAUCAUGUUCUACCUGUACGCCAUCACCCUGCUGAUGCUCAUGGGGGCUGCAGGGCUGGCUGGAAUCUGGAUUUACAGGAAGAACGAGAAAUCACUAGAUGAGUCCAAAAACCCAGCCCGCAAACUGGACUCCGACCUCUUGGUGGGCACCGCCUCUGGCUCCUGGCUCAUCUCCUGGGGCUCCAUCUUGGCUAUCUUCUGUGCCGAGGACCACCCCCCCUACACCUGGUACAACCUGCCCUACUCCAUCCUGGUGAUUGCGGAGAAAUACAUCCAGAACCUCUUCAUCAUCGAGUCCAUCCACCGAGAGCCUGAGAAGCUUCCCGAGGACAUCCGCACUCUUCGAGUGGUCACAGUCUGCAGUGGCAAUGCCAUGCCCCUUGCUUCUUCCUAUCUCAGGAGUGGAGGUGUGACUGGAGACGUGCCUUGCCCGGGCAGUGACACGCCACACACAGCCAAUGGGAAUGCGUGUCUGCAAGGAGGCUCAGGAAAGGAAGAAGAGGAGAGUGGCUCGGGAGGGACCCUGAGCCCAGCCUGCUGUCCCCAUUUCUUGCGGGGCAAUGCCAAGAGAAGAGUCUUGAGGAAUAUUGCAGCUUUUUUGUUCCUCUGUAAUAUUUCGCUUUGGAUACCUCCUGCCUUUGGCUGCCGCCCUGAGUAUGACAAUGGAUUGGAGGAAAUCGUCUUUGGCUUUGAACCUUGGAUAAUUGUGGUCAACCUGGCCAUGCCUUUUUCUAUUUUCUACCGAAUGCAUGCAGCUGCCUCCCUCUUUGAGGUCUAUUGUAAGAUAUAAUCUGGGUCCAUAAGAGACUGAGGAAUGAGGGAACAAGAGAGUUCACUGGAGCCACCUGGGAAAGGCCAGGUUGGGCAAAUAAUGCUUGUCAAACAUGAGAAGGGCCGCGCUUUGUCUGCACAGAUUGUGUUUCCUGUGGGCUGAGUUGUCCAUCACCCUUGACACAUGUAAACAAGUUAAAGUCUAGGAGGCAGCUGAAAGAUGCCCUCGGUUAGUUCAUUCUAAUCAAACCCAAAUUAUGUCAUCAUGUUCUAAAUGAGACUCUCUGUUUUAGAAGAAUAUUUUUCUAGGUUUGGAAAAAGAUUUAUCCUGUUUGUUCUCCAUAAAAAUCAUUUUCUGUUUAUAAUGUAUUGUUUGACUUCAUACAACCCUUUCCUGACCACUUGCACAAUAAUCACUCCUCAAUUUUAUCCUUCUCAGAGUUGGUGAAUGUAGAUGUAAUCAGUUAGUUUAUAUUAUAGUUUCUGAUAGGCUUAAUUUCUGAACAAAAUUACUUUUAAUAUAUGGAUGGAAAUUUACAUAUAGAUUCAUAUAGAGACAUUUCUCACCUAAAAUUUUGGCAUGUUUUGAUGUGUGAUCAUUUUGAA